UGGAGGUAGAAAACUGAAGAGGCCUGCACAUGAUUCCAGUUUGGUCUUGUUUCUGUGAAGUGCUUUCGUUCUGCGGGGACGUGAAGCGUAACAGACACCAGAAUUUAAAUGUUGAUGCCAGGCGUGACGCUUCUGUCAGGCUUCUAUUUUUUUUUUUCCUCCAGUUGAAUAAUCAUUUCUUAUUUGAGCCAUUAGGUCUGAACGAGGUUAUCCAUGUGAUUAUCUCUGCAGGAAGCCGCUUCACUUCUGCCUCAACAGAGACAUGAAACGUUAAGAUACUUUACAUCUUUAACCGGCUGAAGAUGAGCCAGCGAGUGUUUCAACUGGUGGUUCGAAUUAAGGCAAAAAUAAUUUUAAAAAUCAAUUUGUUGAGCUGAGCUGAGCAAGAGGUCAAAAUUCUUGGCAAGAAUUACUCCAUUUUUAGCCUGCGGUCAUUUCAGAUCUUUGUCUUUUUAAUGUGUUACAGUAAAACACCAGCGGAGUGAAGAUUUCAUGGUUACCGUUGCUUGAAUGAAGGAAGUGAAUUGAUAUUUUUUAACAGAACUUGAUUGUAAACUGAACCACAAAUAUUUCUGAAAAACAAAAAACAUCAGAGUUUUAAAAAUGGUGAUAACUCUUUGUGGAAAAGUUACGCAAGUUGGUGAAAAGUUUUUAAGGUGUUACGUCGCCAGGACACAUCAGUGCCAGAGUGAAGCGACACAUGGACGUAUGUGGGCAGUGAAGGUUACAUCGUUUGAGACGGACGUGUCUGUUUCCCAACAUGAAGGAGCAUUAAUGAGCCUAAAAGGUUUACAUUUGUUACAGUCCUGUUUUAUAAAGCUCAAAUGUGUCAAAUUAAGUGGUGAGAAUGCAGGUUUCAACCAACUGAACACCCCUCGUCUCACUCGCCUCCACUGUGGCUGCUAAAAAGACAAAAAAAACAAAAGGUUCCAACUCUAUCUGUGUUUUGUUUGUCCAUUCUCAGCUACCGUGGAAACAUGGUGGACCCUUCAUGGUGAGGAGGACCUUCUCCAAGGACGCUACAUCAAAUCUGGACACAGCGUUGGAGGCGGAGCCCCGUUCAUCCCUACACUGAACUUCCUGUUUGGCGCCCGGCUAACUCGCUCUUCUGGACUUUCCGAAUGUUUCUGGACCGAGUGGCUCCAGUUACGACACUGAAGAAACUCCUCGACGGGGGACGAUCCCUGGGGGCGUGGUCUCUCACCCUCUGUGAACUGAGAUGGCUCGUCACAUGUCUGCAUGGACAUGAGUUUCAAGCAGACACUGGAGCCGACGAUGAGACUAUUCAGAGUUCUUCCUGGCAAAAAUUCCCCCAGAGACCUGCUGCCUCCUUCGUCUGUUAAGUGAUCCACAGUAUUGAUCCACAGAUUUAGACUGUGCAGCCUCUCAGCUCCAACCAUCAGUGCUGAACUAAGAGGGAAACUCUGACUCCAAAUGAAUAUGCCACUGCUUCAAAGACACAGCGGGAGGGAAACAGGAGAAGAGCGAAGCUGCCUGACAUCCUCGAUGAUGACAUCUUCAAACACUCCCCAGCACUCUGCAGACACACCCAGCACUCACUGCAGAUGCACCAGAGGGUUGCUGGUUCAAAUCACUCUACACACAGCAUCAGCUGCAGCCGCUGGUUGAGGGUUCGCUGUCAGAAGCAGAUGUACAGCUCCGACUCCUGGAAGAACAAAGCAAGACACAUAUUAAAGCUAGAAGAAGGAGAUUUCAGUCAGGAUCUUCUUGGAGCAGAUUUCCUCCAGCGUCGUCUGCAUCCUCCGUUCAGCUGCCCCGAUAUGAGCCCGUCUCCCACCGUCCCCACCUCAGUUGAAUUCGUCAAAGCUGCAGACGUGAAAGUCAUCGCCGCGCUGGGCGACUCUUUAACCACAGCGAUCGGUGCCAACGGUUCCACGAUUCUAGCGAUACCUUUUGAGUUUCGUCAGGUGUCCUGGAGCAUCGGAGGAUACGGCACUUUUCAAAAUGUCAUAACACUGGCAAAUAUUUUUAAACUCUUCAACCCCAAACUGAUGUUUCCUUCGCCUGUGAUGACGCUGCACGGCACGGCAACGACUGUCAACAAGACCGGCUUCAACUUCGCCAUCACCGGACACAACACACUAAACGUCUCUGAUCAGAUUAGAACCAUGAUCGACACGUUCAAGUCUUAUCCAGGCCUGAACUUCCAGGAGGACUGGAAGGUGGUGACGAUGCUGAUCGGCAUGAACGACAUCUGUGAUUACUGCAAAAACAAAGAGCUGUUCUCCCCCGACAGCUUCAUUCACUACAUGACUGCAGCUCUCGACAUGAUGAUGAACGAGAUCCCCAGGACGAUAGUGAACGUGGUGCAGAUUCUUCCCAUGAAGCCUCUCAGAGAAGUUCAGAGCCCGGUGCUCGGCUGCGAUCUUCAGAGGAGUUUCUGCUCUUGCCUCGUUCAACCUGAAGAAGGCUCCCCUGAACUGGAGGAGCUGGUUGAGAUUAACUACGAAUUCCAGAGGAGAUUAAAGAAGCUUCUGGACAGCGAUCGUUUCUUCAAAAAGGACUUUGCUGCUGUUCUGCAACCUUAUUUAGAGGUCGCACAGCCGCCAAGACUCCCUGACGGGAAAAUCGACGUGAGCUUCUUCACAGCAGAUUGUUUCCACUUCACGGUGAAAGGACACGAGGAGCUGGCGAAGGGACUGUGGAACAACAUGUUCCAGCCUGAAGGAGGUAAAGAGAUGAUAAAGACGUUUUCAGAGCCGAUAAACCUCAUCUGCCCGACUCAGGAGCAUCCUUACAUCUACACCAGACCGCGAGUCUUCAACGGAUCGUCGGCACCGCUCAUGAAAGAUUUCUCCAUCAACAUGUUGAUGCUGAUGUUUCUGUUUUUUGGGUUUGAUUAUCUGUAGACUGCCUGGAUUGAGGGUUCGAUUCCCACCUGAGCCACCAAAUCUUAAAAAACACAACUGUAAUUUUCACAAUAUUGAUACUGAUUGAUCAGUUAAUGAUGUCCUCAGGCUGCAGAUUGUAUCUUCAAUAACUAAAGAAAUAAGAUUUUAUUAACAAUUUGUUGAGAAAUAAACUGUAUUUUGUGCAUUA